AUGGACAACGCAGCCCUGCAUGGACCAGCCUUCAAUCAUCUCCCGCCAUGGGUGAAAGCAAAACUCUCUCCUCUGGCCAUUGGAAAGAUUGAGGCCGUUUAUGAGUGGGUUGAGAAUGAGUGCAUCCCAAGAGAAGAAAUUUUCAAGGCACAGCUUGAGGGUCGCCGGUGGACGACGCCGCGGUUGAUACAUGAGUUACGGGCGAAAGCCAAGGAUCGCGGCCUGUUCAACCUGUUUCUGCCCAACCACUUCAAAGAAAGUCCCGGAUUGACAAACUUGGAAUACUCGUGUUGCGCAGAGAUCAUGGGUCGCUGUUACUGGGCAGCGCAGACCAUGAAUUGCCACGCUCCCGAGACGGGCAACAUCGAGCUUCUGGCUAAGUACUGCAAGGAUGAGCAGAAGAACAAGUGGCUUCAACCUCUUCUGGAUGGCACGGCCUCUUCCGCCUAUUCCAUGACCGAACCAGAUGUUGCCAGCUCAGAUGCGACACAGAUUGGAAUCCGCAUCAAGCGUGACGGAGACUCCUACGUCAUCAACGGCAGAAAGCUCUACGGUAAUUGCCUUUGGAACAAAGAGCUAUCUUUCUACAUCCUCAUGGGCUGCACCGACCCGGAGAACCCUAUCAAGUGGUCCCGCCACUCGAUGAUCAUCGUGCCAUGCAACACGCCCGGCAUCACGCAAGUUCGGAACCUUACGAUCAUGGGAUAUGAUCACGCUCCGGAGGGACACGGCGAAUACUUAUACGAAAAUGUACGCGUGCCGGCAGAAAAUGUCAUCCUUGGCGAGGGCCGCGCCUUUGAGAUUGCCCAAGGCCGUCUCGGACCAGGUCGUAUUCAUCACUGCAUGCGUCUGAUUGGACAGUGCGAGCGUGCCUAUGAACUUGCGCUGAUGCGAUGCAAUGAUGCUCGCAAGAAGCCUCGCGGUAAGCUCAUUGGGGAGUUCGAUUCUAACAUUGAGCGCGUUGCGCAAAUGCGUCUUGAGCUAGACGCUGCCCGCUUGGUUGUCCUGAACGCUGCCGACACCAUGGAUCUUCUCGGCAACAAGGCGGGCAAGCGAGCUAUCGCUCAGAGCAAGAUCCUUGUGCCUAUCGUGGCCACUAAGAUCAUCGAUGAGUGCAUGCAAAUGUUUGGCGGCCAGGGCCUCACGCAGCACACCCCUCUUCCCGAGAUGUGGACAUAUGCUCGUUUCGUGAGGGUUGCUGAUGGACCAGACGCAGCUCAUAGACACCAAGUGGGGAGAGAAGAGAUGAAGAAGGCAGGGGAGGUCGCAAAAAGACACCAGUCUUACACGGAAAAGUACAAGGAGUUCGCAGACAUGUACGGAGAGAAGUUUAUCACUUACAACUAG